AUGGCAAUCCAGAGUACCGAUUCCGGCAACGAAGAGAACUGUGACUAUUUGGUCGAGUCAGUCGCCACUGAGGUGAACGAAGAAUUGACAGACUCUGAAGAUGAGGAUGAGUUUAUCAGAAAGUACGGCGCUAUAGAGUUUCAGUACAUCAAGAGACCAAGAGAUGCUGUGUGGUUUAUUCGUCCGCAUGCACUCAAUUACUUCAAGGAUGGAGUUUUGUUUCGAACAAAAGGCGAACGUACCUCUGCAAAGACAGAAUUGUUCCUCGAUUUGAUGUACGUGGGAAUAAUCGCCAAUUUAGCCGGAGAAGCCUCGGAGAAUGCUUCAUGGGGAGCCCUUUUACAAUAUAUUUUGAUCUUCAUUCCAUAUUGGACGGUGUGGGCAGAUAUCAAGGACUUCACCAAUUACUAUUACAAUGAGGACUUAUCACAAAGAUCCUACAUCUUGUGGAUCUUGAUUCUUCUUACCUUGUCGGUUAAUAGUCAUUCGGGCCUCUUGGAAGAUCGCCGUGGUGCUGCAUUCACUAUUGUACCUUACAUCUUGUGUCGAUUGUCAUUGGCUUUUUCGCUCUUGGUGUACUCAUUCUAUAUUCCAGAACACAGGGCCCAACAGAGGUUAUAUUUCUGUACUUUGAUAGUGACGAGUUGCGUAUGGAUUCCUGUGAUAUUCGUAUCCACACGGGUCAAAAUUGCCAUCUCUGUUGUGGCGAUAUUUCUCGAGCAGUUGAGUUUCUGUAUUGUGUUUCACCCUCGAACGAAAAAAAUCAUGAAAUUGACAAUGUCCACAGCCUUGAACAUCGAGCACGAAGUUGAACGUCUUGCUACAUUUGUCACUAUUGCCAUCGGUGAAUUCUUGUACAAGGUGGCUGCGUCGCUGUCUCUUGGAGUUGGCCUAACAACCGCAUUUGGAAGAGCCUGUUUUAUGCUCAUUAUAGCUUAUACAAUAUUCUGGCUCUACUACAAUGGAGGUACCAGUGAUAAAGCUGUGCAUCCUUUGCGUCAUAGUGCUUUUCGUGCCAUUACAUGGAUUUACAUGCAUGUACCCCUUAUCGGGGGCAUCGUGUUGGCAGCUGAUGCAGCCGGCGACCUCUUGAAUAGAGAACUGAUUUACUCUGUUGAAACAGUGGGUGAAUCUGUGGAAUCUUUUGCAUUGACCUUUGAGGAAGAGCCUAGCUUACGUGCGUUGUCGUUUUUUUUCACAGGUGGAAUCUGCGUGGCAUUGCUCUGCAUUGCUGUGAUUGGACUUCUAGACGAGUGUGAAGAUGAGCCAGAUAUCUUUGUUUUGCCAAAGCUCUGGCGUAUCAUCUGGAGAGUGCCUGUGGCGGUGAUUAUUGUCUGUCUCUCAAUUCCUAACUUAGAUCUCACACUCUUGUUUGGCCUAAUGGCCCUCAUUUUGGUGGUUCUAUGGGUAUUUGAGACUAUUGUUUCUGUCCCUAGAAGGAAACGGAGAUCGUAA